CAUUACUUGUUACUUAAUAGCUACGAGUUUUAUACGCGCGAAAAAUCAGAAGCAUGAAGAUGGAGGACAACUCUAGUGACGGCGAUUCUACGGCUGAAGAAUCAUCGGCAAGAAAACAACGAAGAAUUGAAGAACUUGUUCACAAAAUACAGUCAGGGAGGAUGAACAUGAGCAAGGAAACUAGAAAGAAAAAGUCUACACCAGUUCCUAAGAAGAAACAAGAUAUUGGUCAAGGCAAAAGUGGAAGAGGAAAACACACUAUAUACAAAUAAUAUAUUGGAUGGCAGCACUUUUCUAAUGAAAAGUACAGAGUCGUCACUAAGACAAAAGGAGGAGGUGUACGAAGAAUGGAUUACAGUGCAGAUGAAGAUCUAACUGUGGAAACAAUUAUUGAAAGUGGUGUAAAGAAAUAUUUCCCAGAGGGAAAGAGUCAGUUAGGUUCCUUGAAGGACAUGGAUUUGUCGCUAGGCAGUUUUGCUGGUGAAAAUUUAGACAGAUUUACCAACACAGAAGGCAAUGCAUGUUCUUUUCAAGAAUACCUGAAAUCUCAUGGGCUCUUCUCCUCACAGUACCAUUUGUAUAUAAGAACAAAGCCAAAACAACAAACUUCAUCAUGGAAAAUCAACAAACAGCUGGACAUUUGGAUGAGAGGGAUGAAGAAGAAUUGAAUGUGGAAGAGACAGUGACAGAUAAAGCAGAUGAAAAUGCAGAAGAAGACAUGGCAAGAGUGUUUUUUGUAAACAACACUAUGCCUGGAAAUAUGAACCUUAAGUACAAAAGGAACACACCAUCUAGAUAUGACAAUAGUGAGUGUACAAUUUCUUAUGGCUCUAUGAGACAAUGUUAUAAUUCAUCAGCGCAUGAAAUUGCAUAUGCAGAUUAUAAUAUCACAGAUGAUGGAUUUUUACUAGUGCAUGUUGAAAAAGAUGAUCGGAUGUAUUUAUCUGAAUUAAAUGAUGGGUCGUACCAAUGAAGCAGUUACACUUCUUCUGCUCAUCCAGUAAUAAUAAUGCAGGGUCCAAAUGAAAUACAUGGAAUGAAUGGUGGUGAUUUAAUGUUGGGAUUGAUAACACCAUUGCACAACAGAAAUUUACAGUAUCAGUGGUAUAAGGAUGGCAGUCUUGUUCUUGAAGGGAUGAAUGCAUCAGUUUUGAAAGUAAUAUGUCCUGGAAAAUAUUCUGUUGGAAUAAUUGUAGAUGGGCAGGCCGCAGUUGUACACCUUUGGGGCUGAGUGUAAUGUAACAGAACGGCUGGAUACAAUGAAAACACUGACACAAUCAACCCAGUCAUUUGCUACUUCACAGACAGUUGAUAUACAGUCAUAUACAUUGAACACUCCACCAGAGACAGGGAACACUCCAACACAGACAUUGAACACUCAACCACAGACAGGGAACACUCCAACACAGACAUUGAACACUCAGCCACAGACUUUGAGCACUCCACCACAGACAUUAGACACUCUACCUCAGACAUUGAACACUCAACCACAGGCAUUGAAUAUUCAACCUCGAUCAUUAAACACUCCAGAACAGACAUUGAACAGCCAAUCACAGGAAUGCAGCACUCAGCCACAGACAUUAAACACCCAAACACAGAGAUUCUGCACAUCAACACAGUCAUUGGCCACUUCACAGAAAGUUGACAUACAGUCAUAUACAUUGAACAUUCCACCACAUACAUUGAACACUCAACCACAUACAUUGAACACUCAACCACAGACAGGGAACACUCCACCACAUACAUUGAACACUCAACCACAGAUAGGGAACACUCAACCACAGACAGGGAACACUCAACCACAGACAGGGAACACUCAACCACAGACAGGGAACACUCAACCACAGACAGGGAACACUCAACCACAGACAGGGAACACUCCACCUCAGACAGGGAACGCUCCACCACAGUCAUUGAACACUCCAGCACAGACAUUGAACAGCCAAUCACAGGAAUGCAGCACUCAGCCACAGACAUUAAACACCCAGACACAGACAUUCGUCACAUCUUGCUCAGUACCAAGAAUAAAUUUGGCUGACAUAAACUUAGGUAAAGAAAUUGGAAGAGGGGGGUUUGGUAUUGUGUAUGAAGGAUCGUGGAUAGGCACAAAUGUGGCUAUCAAAGAGAUCAAGAUCAAGCGGAUGAAGAUCGCAAAACCAAUUGUUGAUCAAGAACUCUGCGUCCAUUCACAACUAAGGCAUCCCAAUAUUGUCAUGCUGAUGGCAUUUGCUAUUGAAAGUGAUCGAUUAUACUUGGUUUCCGAACUUAUUAAUGGUAUUACAUUAGACAGCUGUCUAUUUGGUAUUGAUGGAUCAUCUAUGAGCAUGUCUUUGAAGCUAAAUGUUUGCUUGAAGAUAUCCCAAGCUGUUGCAUAUCUGCAUGCACAAAACCCCAUGAUCAUACAUAGGGACAUCAAACCUGAAAAUGUACUUGUUGCAAACGAGUUUCAUGUGGUGAAAUUAUGUGAUAUGGGUCUCAGUAAACUUAAGACAACAAACACUAUUAUGACAACUUUGGCUGGGAUUUGUUUACAGCCUGGAACUCCUGCAUAUCAGGCACCGGAGAUCCUUCUUGAAAGACAAAGUGCAAAUGAAAUGACAGACAUUUGGAGCCUUGCAUGUACUUCAGUGGAAGUAUUUACUGAAAUGCCCGUCUGGAACAGCUCUGAUGAUCCAGUGCAGUACAUAAUGAGUAGAAUGAAACUGAAGGCCAAACCAGAUGCUUUAGAGUUACUUGCCUCAUUGGCAGAUACUGACUCUGAAAACGUUGAGAGUAAAAUCUACAGGAUCUUAGAUAAGGGACUGAGCUACAGUAAUAGUGGUAGACCUCAUGCUCUCCAAAUAGUUAGCUAUUUUCAUGACCUGUUAGUCAACAAGGUCAUUGGGUAAUAAACUGAACUCUGACGUGCCCUUCAGCUAAAAUAUGCCUUUUUUAAAUAACCAUUACUUGGUUGGUUGAUAAUUGCACACAUUUUACUGAGCUGGACAUUUUUGAUUAUUUGUUUCAUAUUUGUUUUGAAUAAGGGCAUUUUCUGCUUCUGUCUGGACUUUUAUCUUGAGAUAAUUUAGAAAAAUAUUGAAAUUUUGGAUGCAUUUCUUUAUUUUCAUGUUAAAAGUUUUCAUUAUAAUAAGUAUUGAAUUCAGAACAUGAUUGUAUACUUUUUUGUCGAUAAUACCAUGGAAAUUUCUUUUCUCAAUUUUAUUAGCUCGGCUGUUUUCUGAGAAAACCCGAGGUAUUGUCAUAGCCAGCUCGUCGUGUCCGUGUCCGCCGUCGUGUCGUCCGCAAUUCUAAAACCUUAACAUUUUGUUAAGGUUUUGAACAUUGGCUCUAAAAUCAAAGUGCCUUAUCCUACAACUUUGAAACUUCAUAUGAAGCUGCACCUUGAUUACUUCCCCACGCCAAACCCAUUUUUUGGUCAAGGUCAAGGUCACUGUCACCUCUUAUAUAAAACUUUAACAUUGGCUCUAAAAUGAAAGUGCUUCCACCUACAACUUUGAAACUUCAAAUGUACAUGCACCUUCAUGAGUUCCACACGCCACACCCAUUUUUGGGUCACAAGGUCAAAGGUCAAGGUCAUAAAAUUUUACUAUAUAUUAUAUUUAUAAAUUUCAUUUAUACUUAAAGUCUGAGGAAAUUUUUCUAUAUUUCCUUUACACAUUUUAAGUCGUCAACUUAUUUUACUUUGUUAGCUCGGCUGUUUUCGGUAAAAACCCAAGGUAUUGUCAUAGCCAGCUCGUUGUGUCCGUGUCCGUCGUCGUCCGCUAAAACCUUAACAUUUUGUUAAGGUUUUGAACAUUGCUUCUAAAAUAAAAGUGCUUCCACCUACAGCUUUGAAACUGCAUAAGUUAUGUAGCUGCACCUCUUGAUGAGUUCUACACACCACACCCAAUUUUGGGUCACUAGGUCAAAGGUCAAGGUCACUGUGACCUCUAGAAAAAAUAAUCUGACAAGAUUUCGCAGCCGAGUGUGGCACCCGUUAUGCGGUGCUCUUGUUUCAAUGUUCACGUCUUUCAGAAAGUGUUGCAGAAGUGGAUCCAUUUUUUAUUAUUUGUUUCAUAUUUGUUUUUAAGAAGGGCAAUGUCUGCUUCUAUCUGUACUUUUAUCUUGAGAUAAUUUAGAAAAAUAUUGAAAUUUGGGCUGCAUUUCUGUAUUUUCAUGUUAAAUAUAAACGUUUUCAUUAUAAUAAGUAUAGAAUUCAGAACAUGAUUGUAUACUUUUUUGUCGAUUAAAUACCAAGGAAGGCCA